AAUACAGACAUUUUCAAAAUUCAAAUUUGAAAAGAGCUCUAGAGAGAGAAGAGAGAAUGGCGUCGACUGGAAACAUGAAGGGUUUUUACCGACAGAGGAAAACCACCGCUACGAAGAAAUCUUCCAAAAAAUCUCCGAUCCCCACCGUGAUCCAAACGCCGGCUACCUCCUCCGGCGGUAGAAAACUGGACCUCCAAUCUGAAUGCAAUGAGAGCGAGGUGGUGUUGCGGCAAUUCGAUUUGAACAUGGCUUAUGGGCCCUGCCUCGGGAUAGCGCGGCUUGCACGGUGGGAGCGUGCUCAGAGACUCGGUUUGAACCCUCCCCAGGAAAUCGAGAGUCUCCUGAAGAGUGGGAAAGUUCAGAUGGAGUCAUUGUGGGGUGGUCGCAUUUAGGUUCCCUUUUCUGUAGAAAGAAAAAAAAUAAAAUGAAAUCCAAUAGCGGAUUUGUGUAUUUAGGUUUUGCUCCGGAAAAUCAGCUUCUGGCUGUGUUCCUUGUUAUGUGACUCUAAACUAAACAUUACGACUGCGAAAUGUUGAUGUUUUCUUGCUUCCUGUUGUCAUCUAUGAAAUCAUGUCUUUUUCUCUGUUA